AAGAGGCUAAGAGAGAAAGAGAUGGCGACGGGGGUGGAGGUUGAUGCAUUGGCUACAGUGGCCGAGUGUGCCCCUGUUACUUUCGAGAGAAAGGUCAAGACUGAUUUGGAAUCCUAUCUUCCCAAGCCUUAUAUGGCAAGAGCUUUGGCUGCUCCUGAUGCGGGGCAUCCAAAUGGAACACCGGGUCAUAAGAAUUACAAUAUGAGCGUCCUCCAGCAACAUGUAGCCUUCUUUGACCAAGACGACAAUGGGAUCGUUUACCCUUGGGAGACCUAUAUCGGCCUGCGUGCUGUUGGUUUUAACACGAUUGCCUCACUUAUUAUGGCGAUUGUGAUCAACGGAGCAUUGAGUUACACCACUCUCCCUGGGUGGAUCCCUUCUCCUUUUCUUCCUAUCUACAUACACAACAUACACAAAUCCAAGCAUGGGAGUGACUCCGGAACUUAUGACACUGAAGGAAGGUACAUGCCUGUGAAUCUAGAGAACAUCUUUAGCAAGUAUGCCCAGACUGUGCCUGAGAAGUUGACGUUGGGAGAGCUCUGGAACAUGACUGAGGGGAAUCGGGCGGCCUUCGACUUCUUUGGCGGGAUUGCAAGCAAGCUGGAGUGGGGACUUCUGUAUGUUCUGGCAAGAGAUGAGGAAGGUUUCCUGUCCAAAGAGGCCGUGAGACGUGUUUUUGAUGGUAGUCUGUUCGAGUAUUGUGCCAAGGCGCAAAUGGGGUACGAGGGAAAGAUGAGCUGAAGGCUGAAGCAACGCUGGGUUUGAUCAGAACAUGCUCUUUCUAGUUUCAUAUCACAAAAAAUUAUGGUGUAAUAAUAAUAGGUAGGUGCAGAGAGGGUCCUCCCUACACACAUACACACACAUGGGAGGCCAUCUCACAUGUCAGAACCACUUGUGUAGAUGUGCAGACGGUGGCUUCACAUAACCAUCUCUAUAUCCCAUAUGAAUAAUCAGUCUUGUGACGGAACCCAUAUCACAAUAAUUAAUAAAUAGUGUAAUUGAGCAGCUAAAGUUUUGAAA